AUGAAGAAGCCCAAGCACCUGUUUGCUCUUCAGGUUACUCGUAAGACCAUCGCUGAUCUGUCCAGGUCACCCGAUCAGUUGUUUGACGAAUCCGGUCCAACCGAGAAAGAAUGGUAUUUCCUGAGAUCGUUCCUCUCACGACGACCGGUGAUUAGUUCACUCGGAGUAAGUUGUGACGUUCUUUGGGAGCACUCCAAACGUGCUUACCGUCUGUCACCAUUAUUUUAUUCCUCCAUUCUUCAUUGA